AGACUUUUUUAUAGACAUUGUGUGAACUACUAUGCGUUCAUCAUAACUGUAUUGAUGUCUACAACUCUCAGUAGUAAUAAGUCAUUUGUGCUUCCGACCCUGGACUAAUAUUUUGUUUAGUGAGCAGUUUAUAGAAUAAAGAGAAAUAGUAAUGUCUUGGUUUUUUCUCUUAUCAUUGGUACUUCAUGUAUCAGGUCAACCGUUUUUUGGUUCACUACCUCCUCGUCCAACUACUGGUGUGAGGUUGUUUCUUGGUGAGGAGAAUGUGACUAUUGCUAAUUUCUCAAUGAUAGCUGCUGGUCUGUUUCAUGAUAGAGAUAUAGAUCAAGCAGAUAAUUCUGUUGGUACUGGUUCUGAUCCUGAUGGUCAGAAUGAUGGUUUGUGGUGUCAGAGUUCUCUUAAUCAGAAUAUGAUAGGAACAUGGUAUAAUCCUGACCGAACAACUGUACCACCUGGUUCUGCUGAUGGAAAUGAUGAUCCUAGGCCUCUGUUUGCUAACAACACUGCUACUGGUCAAAUUGGUUUGUUAAGAAAUGGAGGAAUAGGAGGUAUUCAAGGACUAUACAGUUGUGUUAUACCAAGUGAAGAAGGAAUUGAUCAGACAUUGUAUGUUGCUGCUUAUGGUAAUGGAGAUUUUUUUAAAGAUGACGAACUCCCAAUUAUUAGUAGUGGUCCCUCCUUCCAGCUCCUCUCAUCAGUUGAUGCUGAUCCUCCAGUGUUUAGUUUAUCAUUUAAUGUCACUAACAGAUCACCAACAAUAGUCACUUGCUCUGUUGAUAAUGGAAACCAGUUUAAUGUAUCUGAUAAUGAUCUGAUACGUACUGUAACACCAGUUAAUAAUGAUGUACAAGUACAAGUAUCAGUAAUAUUUAGAAUGAGAGUGUCUGGUCUGUAUAAAUGUUCUGUUACUACUGACAGAAUUACAACUACACCUUUAGUAUCUACUAAUAUGGCAAUGAGGGAUGUUACUGUAACUGGAUCUCCAUCAAACUUAGUCUACAGUAGAAAUAGUCUUCCCUCAGUUACACUAGGCUGGUCUCCCUCAUCAGUGAUAAGUGCUACUCCUCAGUAUCAUGUCUUUAUUAAUAACAGUAAUGGUAUUAUUAUCAAUGCUAAUACUACAAAUACUGAGCUGUCUCUCUCAUUACGUCCUGAUGAUGAAUAUAAUAUUAGACUAGUAGCUACUGGUGAAGACUUACCUAGUGAAAUAAUCACUGCCACUAUUCCUCAAGUUGUCAGCAUUGAUGUACAAGGGCCAGUUAUGAUGCCAUUGGAUCAUUCUUCUUCCUUUUCAUUAACCUGUACAUUGACAUUAGCUCCUGAAGUGAAUGAUACUACAGUACAAAUGUUCUGGGCAAGUCCUGAUCUCAUUCCGUUUAAGUCUACAACUGAUAGAGACAUAGCUUUAGAUACUUUAGAGCCUACAAUGAUAUCAGUUAAUGAUAGUGUUGUAUAUACACUUACUCUUAACUUCUUUUCACUACAACCAUCACAAGUUGGAGAAUAUGUUUGUAGAGCUUCACUGAAUGAUGGUAUUGAUACUAUUAGUAUAGCAUCAAGCUAUUCUGUAACUGUAGAAGAGCUUGAAAAGCAAGGUUUGAGAUUUGAUGGUUCUAGUUAUCUACAAUACAGAACACAAUUCAAACGCACCAUAAGAAAAAUGGUCAUCGAUGUUACCUUCAAACCAUCCAGUUAUUUUGGCUUAAUCAUGUUUGCUUCUCACUGGCAAAAUGGAACUGGUUCCUACUUUUAUAUUCAGCUAAACAAUACCCUAGAAUUUGCUAUGGACGUUGGAAAUAAUGUUGUUUCACUAAGUACUCAGAUGCAUAGUAUGGAGCUAGAAAAGUGGCAGAACCUUCGAAUUAUAUACCAUUCAAUCAAUAAUAUCGUGACCAUGGAGUUGAACAAGCGUUUGGUGUCAUUCACUACCUUCACUUCAACACUAUCAGGUCUCAGACUAUCCAGUGGAUCAUUAUACAUUGGUAGAACAUCACCGAAUGUUAGUAGUCCUCCUACAUCAUUAGUCAAGUCUGGCUUUAAAGGUUGCAUUGAUCAGAUUAAAAUGUCAAUGAAUGGAUAUUACACAGUUGAGGGCAUCACUGAAGCAGUUAAUAUUGUAAAUUGUUAUAACGAUAAUUAAGUAUUUUAGAAACUUUGAUAGGCUAACUUUUAAUGGACAAUGUUAUAGUUUUAUUGACUGUUGUGAAUGUUAGAGGUUUUUUUAUCUCAUUUAGAAAGUUUAUGUGUCAGGC